GGGUACCGGAGGCUUCGCGCGGCGCGGCGCUGUUGGCUGCGUGCGGCGCCCGUAGGAGCGCGCGGGAGGGAUCCGCCGGAGCGGGCCGGGCCGGGUCCCGCCGCCACGUGCCGCCAUGGAGCUGGAGGAGCUGGGCAUCCGCGAAGAGUGCGGCGUGUUCGGCUGCAUCGCCUCCGGCGUGUGGCCCACCGAGCUGGACGUGCCCCAUGUGAUCACGCUGGGGCUCGUGGGGCUGCAGCACAGGGGCCAGGAGAGUGCUGGAAUUGUGACAAGUGAUGGAGAGUCAUCCGAGGCAUUCAAAGUGCACAAGGGAAUGGGUCUUAUAAAUCACGUGUUCAAUGCAGACAGCCUGAAGAAGCUGUAUGUUUCAAACCUUGGUAUCGGGCACACCAGGUACUCUACCUCGGGGAUCUCUGAGCUGCAGAACUGCCAGCCUUUCGUUGUAGAAACUCUUCAUGGAAAGAUAGCUGUGGCACACAAUGGGGAACUAACAAACGCUGUACGACUGAGGAGGAAGCUUAUGCGGCAUGGUGUAGGAUUGUCAACCAGUUCUGACAGUGAAUUGAUCACCCAGCUGCUGGCUUUCACACCUCCUCUAGAAAAUGACGACACUGCUGACUGGGUAGCAAGAAUUAAAAAUUUAAUGAACGAAACUCCAACUUCAUACUCAUUGCUAAUUAUGCACAAAGACAUAAUCUAUGCAGUACGUGAUCCAUAUGGGAAUCGCCCACUCUGCAUUGGUCGCCUUAUUCCAGUAGGGGACAUAAAUGGAAAAGGAAAAGAUAACAGUGAGACAGAAGGAUGGGUGGUCUCUUCUGAAUCCUGUAGCUUUUUAUCUAUUGGUGCCGAGUACUAUCGUGAGGUACUUCCUGGAGAGAUUGUGAAAAUAUCCAGGUAUGAUGUCCAAACAUUGGAUGUUGUACCAAGACCAGAAGGAGAUCCAUCAGCAUUCUGCAUCUUCGAAUAUGUUUAUUUUGCAAGACCAGACAGUAUCUUUGAAGGUCAAAUGGUGUAUUCAGUCAGGAGGAGAUGUGGCCAGCAACUUGCUAUUGAAGCACCUGUGGAGGCAGACCUGGUCAGCACUGUUCCAGAGUCUGCAACCCCAGCAGCUCUGGGUUACGCUCAAAAGUGUGGACUGCCAUACGUUGAAGUACUCUGUAAAAAUCGCUAUGUAGGAAGAACUUUUAUCCAGCCAAAUAUGAGGUUACGGCAACUUGGUGUUGCAAAGAAGUUUGGUGUUCUAUCUGACAAUUUUAAAGGCAAACGAGUUGUUAUCAUUGAUGAUUCAAUUGUGAGGGGCAAUACUAUUUCUCCCAUAAUAAAACUACUAAGGGAAUCAGGAGCUAAAGAGGUGCAUAUUCGUGUGGCUUCACCUCCCAUAAGAUUUCCAUGUUAUAUGGGAAUAAACAUUCCAACAAAAGAAGAACUUAUUGCCAACAGACCCGAAUUUCAUGAUCUUGCGAACUAUAUAGGGGCCGACAGUGUUGUUUAUCUUUCUGUGGAAGGGCUUGUAUCGUCUGUGCAAGAAAGCAUCAAAGCAAGAAAAGAGAACGAGAACAGCCUUAAGACCCAGAAAUCGCGUGUUGGAAAGAUUGGUCAUUGCACAGCAUGUCUCACUGGAGAUUAUCCUGUAGAGCUAGAAUGGUGAAUGUUUAGUAGGUGGACAUUGGUUCAUCCACUGAUGAAUGUACCUGUUUCAAAGAUGCCUUCCAGCUAAUAGCCUUCUUACGUUUAGGUAAUAUGUAAAGCUUACCAGAGCUAACUAAUUACUGUUACUAAAUACAUCUUUAUGGUAAUGGCUUAGAUAAAGCCUGUGCUGACAAAAACUAUCUAAGCGAAUUAAAAUAUAAAAUCAUAUAGUUUUGAAGCACAGCUGUGAUUUCUGUUUUCUCAUAAAAUAUUGUAAAAACCAAAGUGUUUAUAAUUAUUUACCAGUCCCAAAGCUUUUUGUUUCAGUCUUGCCCUGAAUGUGAGAUGUCAGCGUCAGAUUUAUUCACAAAGUUGAAGUACAAAUUAUAAAUCACAUGGUGUAAUUUCAAAUUAUCAAAAUCAUUACAAGGGAUGUGAAGCUUGCUUCUUUUGGAAAAAAAUCUGAAGAGUCAAAUUGCUUCCUCAGCAGUUUUUGCUUAGAUUUAAAAAGAAUAUAUCUUACUAAAUAGCCAUUUAUAUAUAUAGCUAAAUAGCAUAUAUAGCUAAAUAGCCAUUAUUGAUGAAGCCCUUUGUAACUAAGUGUCCAGAUUCCACAUAAUGUCUGGUACAUGAUUAUAAGAAUGAACACUCAGGGAGAUGCUAAGCCAAAAGCUUUCUAUGUUUGUAACUUCACAAUUCUUUUCCGAAGUCCAACACAAAUCUUCAGGUGUUUUCCAAUGGCCAAUGCAAUGUGGAAGGAGAAAAACACCUGGCACUGCCAUUUUUCAUUUUCUGUUUCACAUCUUGUUUUCUCUGGGACAAAUCCUGACAAUUUCUGAAAUCUGAGCUAUUACUCAGUGUGCUCUAUGUUAGCAUCCAAACUUCACUCAAAAAUACAGUUGCUUUCGUAACAGUAAGCAUGAUAUAACAACUGAAGAUUGUGUUGUUUUGGCCAGACUCUUUAUUUCUACACAUCGCUGCUGUUAAAAUAAAUGUAAUGUUUUAAAAGAAAGAGUUUUGAAGAACCAUUAGUAUUGUACUUUUUAAUUGUAUUAGCGUAAUAUUUUUUAAUUGGUCACCGUUAGUUACUUGUAUACAUGAAGAUGGCCUCAAAAUGAACCACUAGCUGAAACAGAAAAGCACCUUUUGAAAACUACUGCAAAUGUACGCACAAUUGUAAAAAAAUAUUUUGUAUACCUCUGUUUUUUUUUCACAAAGUACCAGCAACUUAAUUUUAGAUUAUCUAUUUAAUAUUGUGUAUUUUGGCCUUACAAUUGCAUGUGACACCGCUACAAAAGCAGAGAAAAAUAAAAGUUUAAGAGCUUUUUCCUCCCCCAUCUUACACAUAGUUGAGAAUUACAUCACUGGUCAUUAUAUUAAAAAUUGAGCUUUCUUAGGUGGAAUUUGUAGCACUUCUGCCUGAUGCAUGAUAAAAAAGCCAAACUCUCAAUUCAAGAACGGCUGUAAAUUCUUUCACAAGACUGAGCCUUGUGGAGGUUCUCUGUGGAAUGAGAACCUACUUGCAGUCAAGCUAAUGGGAAAAUCAAUUUUUUUUUUUUUUUUUUUUGAGAAUUGCACUCUUUGUGGAUGCCCAGAUCUGCUUAUUGGGAGAGGUAUAUGGAUCUCUUCUAUUUAGCAAGCAUUUUUGUUUUUUAACAGUCCCAUUAUCUGGACAGCAAAGUGAGCAAAAAAGGGAACUGGAUGCAAUCUGUCUGACCUCCACUCUUCCACACUAGGAUGAGGAAGUGUGGGAAAACUGAAAAACUUCAGCAUUUUUUGCCCUUCUUCUCUCCUGCCUUCAAAAAAGCAAACAUUUUUAAAAGAAGGAUAAAUUGAGCUCUUGUGUUAGAUGCAUGUGAGGGGAUGAAACCAGUUGCACAAUUUAAUAACGUUGCAAGCGGAAUUCAAUCCAUUUGAAGUUGUCUUGUAGAACAGAUUGAAACUUACGCAAAUAAUUUGUAACAAACUUUCAACAAAACUGCUGGUUUUGCAUGUGGUGAGAACCGUUUAAAUGUGAUUUGAGCAUCAGGUGGCAUAAAUCUGAUUUCAGUGAGAGUCACAGUCCCAUUUUUCUCCAUGAAAUGCAUGACAUUACACGGAAGGACUGCCAUCGUACACCCCAUAAUAUUUAGUUAUGCUGCAUGCCUCAUUUUAAGGAUGUAAGUUUUAAACUUAAAGAAGAAUGCUUUCCAAGUGCCACUUUAUUCACUGAGCGGUGAUAAGGUUACGGGGCUUCACAUGUAUCACAUACAGCAGGAUGCACACGUGCUGUCAACACUUGGAAGGGAAGAGCUCUGGUUCUGGGCAUUGCUAUUUGUAUUAUUUCAAGGCUUCGUUACAUAACGCUUUCUACUGUAAUUACCGACGUGCAACUGUGCUACGUUAUCACUUCUGAAGCACGACAGAAGAGCAGAAGCUCACGCCUUACUUCUACCACAUGCAACAUUAGGAACGGUGAACUGUUUCUCUUGGAAUGCCUAUACAGUUUUUGCUGGCAGCACGCCUCGGAGACAUCUUAAUAAAAUCACCCUGAAAGAG